UGAUUUAAUUUUUAUUAUAUAGGUACUUAUUGUUAGAUCCUAAGAAAGACGAUAGAUAUUCGAGACAAAAUGAACCGCGCCCCGAACUAUCUUACAAUUGGUUGUUACCAUUCAAGCGAGGACCAAUAGUAGAGGCGAAGUUCUGCAACGAGUCGCGACGAUGAACCAGUGUGGUCACGUAAGCCCACCAUACCGCAUGGUGGAUAGAUGUUUCCUUUAACUCGACGUCGUAUAAAAUGUUAUAAUCGUGUAUUGUUGUUAUUUUACAAAGGGGAACAACGAUCCUGUGGAACAACUAUUUUCAGUCGUGCAUACGGAUAUUGGCGCCUGUUUGUUAUUGUCUGAACAUUGUUGGAACACAAUCGAAUCGUAAUACACAAAAUUCAGAAGACACUGGAGCUUUCAAUAUUUGCUCCUCGAUAUUAAAGUAUAGUUGAAAAUGAAGUGGUCACCAGGUGCUUUGUUUUGUGAACAAGUCGGUGAACUCACUCGAGUUUUCUCACAAUGGAACGAAUGUGAACAAACAGUGGUACUAUAUGCGCUACUUCGUCGCAUUCCUGCAGUUCAAGCAAGGUUUCUUGCACAAGCAGUGCAGCACUCGUUGCACUCUGUUUCCGAAUUGGAUACACAAGAAUUAAAUGCCAAUAAUCCAGCAUUUAUUAAUUCUUUACUCUCAGAAUCAACAGAAGUUGCUAUUAAUCAACUUCUAACACAUUUGCCAUUACUGAGGCCUGGGAAUAUAGAGUGCAAACAAUGCUAUUUAGUAGCUAUACCAGAAUUAGUAAGCCACUGUGUGACUACUGGACAAUAUACAGAACAAACUCAACAACUUUUAAGUUAUUGUUUGAUCCAUCCAGCUAUAACUAGUCAAGACAGACGUUCUUUAACUCAAUGGCUACGACAUCUUGAAGAACGUAUUAGUGGUACACCACCGAUACAUAGCCUCGAGGAGUACACAAACACUACUAUUAGGUGGGACAAUGCAUGGCAACGAAAUGCUAAACAACAGCAAAACGAGCAAACAAAUUUGUUUGGUACACAACCAGGUACUGCCUUCAAUUUGCAAUUUCCUCCGCCUGUAACCCGCCAACGGCGAUCAAAUAGUCUAACACCGCCGGUUGCUCCUCCUCAUCAUUUAGAAGUUGUUGAUCGUACUAACAAUGUAAAUUGUACAACGAGACACAAACCUCGAAGUUUUAGCGUCUCUGGAGAUCAUACAAGCAAUCUUAUUGGAUUAGGCCCUUUAAGUCCGCAGAGCUCUUGUGCAAGUAGCGGUAGCGAAGGACGUUUGGACGAAACAUCUAAUCGAUCACUUGCUAGUGGUAUGAGAGAUGUUCCAUCGUGGCUUAAAACUUUACGUCUUCAUAAAUACAGUUAUCUAUUUGUUACCCUCAGUUACGAAGAAAUGCUUCAGUUGACGGAAGAACAAUUAGCAGAGCAGGGUGUAACAAAAGGAGCCAGACACAAAUUGGCCUUAUCCAUUGCUAAGUUGCAACAACGUUAUUCGACGCUUUUAAAUUUAGAAAAAGACUUGUUACAACCAACGCGCGAUAAUACACAGUCAACGUCAUUUUUACAAGGACCAACUGUACUGGUCAAUACAAUCGAUGAAUUAAAAACAAUCUUAGCCACACCUAUGAAACCAAGCCAAGAAAAUGAUCCUCAGGACAUACCUGCACAAUUCACUAAGGUCCUUGGUAAAUUGUGUAGCAGAUUGGCAUUGGAUAGCGUGGAUGACGGUAUUUUGUGCGCUUGUAUUAACAUAUUAGAGAAAGUGUUGCAGCAUGAUUGCUUUACUCCAAAUCAAAAAGAAAAGGUACAACAGUGGCGUAGCAGACUUGGAAAUCCACGACCAACUCCAAAGUGGCAACAUAAUUAUGGAUACAAUAGCAGAAGGUAUUGUAAUCCACAGCAGCACAAUAGGAAGCCAAGUUUAAAUUUAGGACAUAUUCACAAUACACACCCACAAAACAACUCCUUUGUGGUUAGCACCCACAGAAAUAGUAUAUCUACUCCAUAUUUGCAAAAUAAUCAGAACCAAAGUUUAAAUCAGAAUACUUUACGCCCGGUCCAUGUAACCGAAAAACGACCUAGUUUACAAGAAUCUAGUUUACAGCAAUUACAAAGGACGUUACAACGUACGUACAGUGCGCCGAGGGAUCAUUUUCUUAGUCAAAGUGGUAACAAUGCAUCUGAAACAACAGAACCGGAAAUCAACUCUCGUCUCGAAUCUCUUUGUUUAAGAAUGACAGAGCAAGCGAUCGGUGGUUUCGGUGAGGCCUAAUAAUUUUAUUUUCGUUGACUGGAUCUACGCAGUAAGUCCUUUUAAAGAAAAAAGUAAAAAAAAAAAAAGAAAAUUUCUAAAUCGAUACACACACUACGUAUCCGAGCUCCGUUUUUCAAUGCCGAAGGCAAGACUGACUUCCGUAGAUCUUGCGAAUGAAAAGUCCAACAGCUAUGACAGUGCUGACAAUUGCAUGUAUUCACGUGCACACAUUCUCACGCUUUAAUAGCCCUACCAAAUGAAAAAUGUCCGAUAUUUGAGACAUUACCAAGGAAACUAACUUUACGACGUCUGAAACGACUCGUGAAAGAAAAGAAACAAAAAAAAGAAAACAAAAAAAAAAAUAUUUUUUAUUAUAUCCGAUGCAAUUAUACUAUUUAAUGAAACUGACAGAAUUUGGCAAGCCAAAUGCUAUUAGGAAGAUAGAUUCUUUCCUUAACUAUUUGCUGCAUCUAUAUAAAUGUAUUAUAUAAAGAAUAUAUAUGUAUACACAUAUGAUAGAAUUUUAUGGGAAGCGGAUAUAAAAUCAUAUAACGUAUAUUAGGAAAAAAGGGGAUGAAAAAGGUACACCAUUAUUAUCGUGCGAUGUUUGCAAUAUUAUUUUUCGUGUUAUCCAUUUCGGGAAAUGGAAUUCGUCUGAUUUUAAGCGCCAGGACACAUUAUACUAAUGUAAUGUAAUUCAUUUUAAUGAACUGACUGAUUUUACUUCUUUUUAACAUUAUUAUUAUUAUUACUAUUAUUAUUAUUAUUCUACUCUUAUCACCACCGCCGCUGUUGCUAUUAUCAUUACUAUUUUCUGUCUCUACUCUUCAUAUUGUUCCCAUCGAUGAUGGGCUUUGCCAUCAUAAUUAUUCUCAUUAUCUUUAAUGCUAUUCACCAUAUUAUUCUUGUCAUCAUCAUCACCAUCGUCUUCAUUAUAUGUAAUUAUUACCGUGUAAAUUCUAACUACAACUACCGCUGCUAUUCGUUUUCUAGUACGACUAACAACCAUGUAUGCUUUUACGCUCUGUUACUUUUUUUUUUUUUUUUACCCUUGAUCGUUACCGCUGUUUUUAUUGUCACCAUUCUGCUACUAUUGCUAUUUACUAUUACCACUAUACUACUACUAGAAGCUCCAGACUAUUACUACUACGAGCAAUUGUAAUAAUUAUUAAUUAGACUAUUUCCACUGUCGCGGUAUUAUUACUGUAAUUCUUCUUAGAGAAGGAAAGGCAUACUUAAAAGAAAGAUUUGUCACCAGUUCGUGAUGACGCGUUAGAUAAAAAGGAAAGAAAGAAACAGUAACGUAAGAGGUUUUCAAUUCGUAUCUGCUAUGCUCGGAAAUGAAAGCACAUCGUGAUGUGUAUGCUUUGUAGUUUGCGCACAGAUCUCGUGAUUUUUUUAUACUCAUAUGUAAGGGAGUAAUAAGAACGAAGGGAAUGAAGAAAAUGAAAAGAAAAACAUACGGUGAGAUUAUACAAUAAUGGAUUUUAAAGGCCUUAAAGGGUGUAUCGAGCAAAUGCAUAAAAAAAAGAGGGGUAUAAGACUAAUUACUAUAUGUAUACACGUAGCGAACACGUCGAGAUAGAAAGUGGGGGAAAAAACGCGAUAUAUAAAUUGCAUCAUACUUUUAUGAUGCGACAUCGAAAUCUGUGGCUUUAAAUUAUAAGCAUACAUCAUACUACCCUAAACAUACAUACAUACAUACGUAUGCACUUAUUAAGCAUCUUUUAAACAUUGCGAAUAAACGUAGCAUAAUAUUUUUUCGUGCAAGAAAAAAAAAAGUCAUGAAGAAAAUUGUGGUAAAACGAAAGAGGAAGGUUAAAUUUUCGUAAUUAAAUAUAGUACUAGCGAUAAACUAAUAACGUAUCGAUAAAUAACAUACGAAACAAACAGCAACAAAAGAAAAAAAAAUGAAAAAAAAAAACAAUGAUAUAUACAAACGAAAGACUGAACAAUUCACGCGCCGUGAGAGCGUUGAGCGGUGAAUUUUGAACGUUUCGCAUUCGUUUAUGUAUCUUCGAACGAGACAGCUACACGGCCGCGUGAAUGAAAAACAAUUGGAAGACUGCGGAAGGAAGAAACCUGUCAAAAUAUUAAGAAAUUAGCGAAAAGUGAACGAAAGUGAGGGAGAGAGUGAAAGCGAGAGUGAGAGAUGGCAUUCGAGAGUUAAUUACGAGAGUAAUUGCUAGUUGUAUAUCUAGGUUGUAACGAUUUAUUCUAACGAUUAUAAUAAUCUUACUGGGACGAUAAAUUUACGUAAUGGCGUGCGGUGAUUUUUUUUUUUUUUUUCGACUAAUUAGCCUGUUCGAGGGAGAAGAAUUUGUUUAAACGUGAAUAGAUAGACCGAGCGGAAUAACGAUAUCUUGCGGUGAUCAUUUGUUCCACCAUUUUCUACAAGGCGACAAAACUAAUUUUCAUACAUGCAUAAUUGCUAGCACGCAUGCGCUUGCGUCAACACUCACUCAUGCCCAUGCACGUAUCAACGAAAGCGUGUAUUACUAGGGGUCGGCGUCAGGGUGAUUUUUAAGAACGAUGCGAUGUUUUAUAUAACUUAAUAAACAAGGAUGACGUGUUGUAUUUUUGAUUUUUAAUCUAAAAAGUAACAUAGAACGUAACUACGAAUUAGGUCGAAAAUUAUAUUAUUUGAUUUGGAAAAAAUAAAAUCAAGCGGUCCAUCGUGGAGAAAUUUUCAAUCGACUGCCGAUAACGAAUGUGUUAAGAUAAAUGAUAAGAUAGAAAAAUUCGUGUUCAAAGUAUCUUUAAUGCCUAUUUGACCAUUUAAUACCGGUUUUGAGCCCGGUGUAACAGGAGCAACGAUGAUACAAGGUCGUAAAAUGAAAUCAUGAAAAGGUGACGAUUCAGGGAUCCUUUGUACGGUCCUGGUUUUAGGUUUUAGAUCCUUACACGUACCUCUCUAACGAGCUUUCGGAAUAGAAUUUUGGGUACUUUAACCGCUUCAGCGAUUCUACAAUCUCUCAAGAUUGUCGUCUUCAAACCGCGUAAUACUAAGCAGCUCAGUUUAAAAGUGUUAAGGUUCAGCUUAACACUUUUCAUUUACAGCCACAGUAGUGUUAAAAAAUUCCCUGAAGACCUCUACAUCAAAGGGAAAAGUUCUGUAGCGAAAAGCGAAAAAUCGAAGGGAACUGAAAAACGAACUGAAAAAAUGAAAAAUCGAAGGGAAAAGUUCUGUAGCAUUUUUCGAUGGGAUCAGUAGUUUAGCCACGUUUCUUUGUUGAAAAUUGAAAAAUUGACCAAUCAGCGUGCAGUUUGAGCGGCACGACGCGCGGAGUAGGGGACUACGCGGAAUCGGUAGUCUCCGUUUGCUUGCUCCGCCGUCGCACCUCGAUUCGGGGCGUGGCUCAGCGGCGGCAGAGGAGGGGCUAGUCCCCUACUUCGCGGGUCUUGCCACUCAAGCUGCGCGCUGAUUGGUCCAUUUUCAACAACGAAACCUGGCUAAACUAUUGACCCCAUCGAAAAAUGCUUCAGAACUUUUCGCUUCGAUUUUUCAUGAUCUAUCCAACGGUGUAGAGGUAUUCAGGGAAUUUUUAUAACACCCUGUAUAUUAUCAAAAUCAGAGUAUAACCCAGUGAUGAUAACUAAAUUCGAAUCUGCUACUUUUUUUUCUAUUUUAUUUUAUUUGAAUGAAGGAUAAAAUUAAAUUUGAAAAAAGGUAAGAGCUUUAAAGUCCAAAUCUUAUUUUAUCGACGAAUAGAAUAAGAUAGAAGACGGUGAUUUUAAUUCAUGUCUAAAUGGUUAAGUAGAUAUUAAAAGGUUUGUUUCUGUGUAUGUUUCCUAGCGUAAGUAGCGAAUUGUUUAAAAAAAUAUUUGAGACCAAGAUUUCUAGAGGGAAAGACUGUCAGAUGAUCGGUUGUCGCCAUAUUGGAAAACAGAUUUUUCUUUGCACACGACUUCAAAUCUCUGCGAAAAAAAAAACGACAAACUGUAUUUCUUUUUUCAACAUCUUCACGCAUUGCCCUAAUGUCCGCCCCUGAUACACACUAACACACAUGCAAAGUGAAAAGGGAAACCCACAGAGAGUAGGUUGUUCGACUAGAACCUGAAGAAUGAUUUUGUACACACACACACACACACACACACGCGCGCGCGCGUACACACAAUUUCACAAGAAACGGUCAAAAGCUAGUCAAACAAAUACAAUUUCUAAUUUCUACCACUCUUUAAAUGUGUAUAGAUAUUAUUUGUACAUUAAUUAUGCGCGAUUAACGUAAAAAGGAAAAUGAAAAAUAAAAGGAAAGCAAGAGAGUACGAAGAGAAGAAAUAGAAGGAAACAAAAACGAGUAGAAAGAGGAAAGGAAAGAAGAAAAAAUGUAAGACGACACUUUUACGUCACGCGCGUAAAAAAAUAAUAAUAAUAAAAAAAAGAAAGUUGAAAGACUGCUUCCAAACGGCUUCAGGAAAUUCGUUCAUCGUAAAAUUAUUUGCGUACUGAAACGCAGUAUCUAAAUAAAUAUGCGAUCGAUUAAAAAGAUAGAAAAAAAGGGCAGGACCUGAACUGAAGAAACGCAAAGAAAUAUUAACCGCAUACGAAGCGUACGUGUACGAUGUAGUAGCAAAGAAAAAAGAAAAAAAGAAAA